AUGGCGCCAACUGAUGAUGCCAUGGUUGACUUCACAUUUGACCUUGAAAUUCAUGUUGGGGGAUGUUUUGUGGAGGAGCCAACCAUACAAUAUGUGGGUGGGUCUGUACGUUUACUGACAGAGAUUGACCCUGACAAGUUGAGUUACUUUGAAAUUCGGGAUUUAUGCCAUCUAGUUGGUGCUCCUAAGGAACACAGUAGAUAUAAGUAUUUAAUUCCUGAUGGUGAUCUACAGCAUGAUUUAAGAGACAUAGAAACAAAUACAGAUGUCGUAAACAUGACUAACCUUCAUAAGGCAUGGUAUGUUGAAAAAAUCAUAAUCUAUACUGACAUAGAUGUGGAGCCAUUGGCAGUUGAGUAUCCUGAUGCAGGGGGAGUGGCAGAUGGUGGUGUAGGUGGUGAUGGAGGGGGAGUGGCAGAUGGUGUAGGUGGUCAUGCAGGUGGUGAUAAUGUUGAAAUAGAUGAUGAUGAUGAUGAUGAUGAUGAUGAUUGGCUAAAUGAAGGCCUAGAGGGGGAUGGCUUUGGUGAUGAUGUAUUUGCUGCUCAAAACUCAGCUCCACAAUGUUCUGCUCCCAAUACAAACCCAGAAUCAAGCAAUGCACCCCACACAGACCCUGAGUGGGCUGAGCCAGCCCUUGAGGAUGACCUGGUAAGCAUGGAUGGGUCUAAUGAUGAGCAGGUACCUGAGCAAGUAGAGUUUAAUGCUAAGAGUGACAUGAGAAAUGUUGUACUGAAGAAGGAGAUGAAGUUCCCUAAUGCAAAGGUGUUCAGAGCUGCUUUGAGGGAGUAUGCAAUCAAAAAACCUAUUGACAUCAAAUUCAAGCUUAAUGAGAGGACUAAGAUAUCAGUUCACUGCAAGAAUGGGUGUGAGUGGAGAUGCUAUGCAUCUCAAAUAAGUGGAGAGCUAACAUUUCAAAUUAAGACCUUGACUGAUGACUGUACUUGUCCCAAGUCUUUCAAAAACAGCCAAGCAACAUCAGCUUAUGUUGCUAAGAGGUUCAUUGAGGAUUUUAGCAAAAAUCUAAAUUGGGAAGUGAGUGGUGUACACAACCAUGUGAUGCAAAAUUUAUUUGUUGACCUAAGUGUGAACCAAGUGUAUAGGUCAAAGAGAAAUGCAAAGGAUUUGAUAAAUGGAGAUGAGCAACUGCAAUAUGGUGUCCUUAGGGACUAUGCACAAAUGAUAACCAUUGUAGACAAGGGGAGUAGAGUUAUACUGCAAACAAAAAUGGCUGAGGAGACGUCCCAGCCAAAAUUUAAGAGGAUGUAUGUUAGGUUCAAUGCUCAGAAGGUAGGAUUUUUAGGUGGAUGCAGGCCAUUUAUAGGUUUAGAUGGUUGUCACAUAAAGCACAGAUUUGGUGGGCAAAUCUUAUCUGCCACUGCCAAGGAUGCAAAUGACAACAUUUUUCUAGUAGCCAUGGCUGUUGUGGAACAAGAAACCAGGGAGUCUUGGAUAUGGUUUUUGGAAAUUUUUGCUGAUGAUAUAGGGAGGCUAGAGGAGCUUCAGUUGGUCUUCAUUUCUGAUAGGCAAAAGGGGCUUAUACCUGCAAUAGAGACACUAUUCCCUACCGUGGAGCAUAGAUACUAUGUGAAACACAUCUAUAACAAUUUCAAAGUUGAUCACAAGGGAUUGGAGCUGAAUGAUGCAUUGUGGAGGUGUGCUGCUGCCACAACAGUAAGGGAGUUUGAGAGAUGCAUGCAGUACAUAAGGGAUUUGGAUGAAAAGGCAUAUGAGUAUCUUGCAAACAUUGCACCUGUACAGUGGACAAGGUCACACUUCACUCCUAGGGCCUUAACAGAUUGUUUGGUAAAUAAUUUGAGUGAGUCUUUUAAUGCAAUGAUAUUGAAGUCUAGGGACAAGCCUAUCUUGGCAAUGUUGGAGUGGAUUAGAGUUAGACUUAUGACUAGGCUUUACACAAAAAGGGAAGGGAUACAGAAGUAUGCUGGAAAGUUGUGUCCAAGCAUACAAGAUAGGUUGGAGAAAUUGAAGGUUGAAAGUAAGGCGUUUAGUGCUACCCCAGCUGGUAGUUUCCUUUAUGAGGUAGGCAGUUAG